AGUACGUCACUAUUCCUGCAACAUGAGCUGCUUGUAAUCUCAUUUGACUCUCGAAUACUUCAACCGUGCAUUGCACAUCGUACCGCUUCCUUUCAUAGUAAAACUACCAGUCGUGCACCUUAAUUGCGGAAUGCAGAAACUUCAAUGCCUCUACGGCGGUCAAUUUUCACCCUCACGUCCCCUCCCCGAACACAACUAUGCCAGCUAGCCAAUCGCCACUCGCGCUUCCACACAUCGUCCAUACGGCGUGCGCAGACAGAUGUAUUUCCAGACCACUAUGAGACCCUUUCUCUCUCUCCUGAUGCAACCCAAAAAGAUAUUAAACGGUACGCCCCAUGUCUAGCAUUUUCCCCUAGGGAUUCAAGUGUUCUCCCUCACAUCGGCUUCUUCUUCUCGCCUCACUGCCUCCAACUGACACUCCACAGUCAAUACUUCACACUAUCCAAACGCCACCACCCCGACACCUCUGACAGUCCCGACUCACUCCCACGCUUCCACGCCAUAACAGAUGCAUACCACACUCUUGUCGAUCCCGCUACGCGUUCUACCUACGACCGCGACUACGUGCGCGUUUACAACACUGCCGCCGGUGCCCCUGCAUAUCCCGCGGGCUCACACGCCUCACACACAUCAUCCUAUGCCGGCUCGCGCCCAGCGUCUGGGCUGUCGCGUCGGAGGACGCGAUUCAGAGGUCCGCCGCCGAGCUUCUAUCGAAACGGUAGGUAUGGGACGCAGAGCGCUAAGAGGCAGGCAAAUGAGCAUGCCUCAGCCGGGAGUGAAGCAGAGGCUAAUGCGGCGGGGCAAGGUAUGGGAGGUGGAUUUGGACCUGGGCAGAGCUCGAACGUGUUUGGAGGUGGUACGCCACAUUUCGAUACACAAGCUCAUAGGCGAACACACGAAUCAAUUAUAAAUGGCCGAGAAGCAAGGAGGCGGGCGACGGGGACUUUGAUACCGGAUGAUCAUUAUGAAGGUCCGAGGUAUCAUCAGCUGACGAUGUUUCUUAUGCUUUGUGCGAUAGUAACUUCUGGGGUUGCGGCAGGGGGUUUAUUGAAACAAAGACCUGUUGCGCGAAAAGAGAAAAGGGGACAAUAGCAAGGCUAUGACAGAGCACGCAAUGUAGACUUUAGACGACAGUAUGUACACACAACACUCACGGGUUAUGGCGCACAUCCUUGUACAUACAUUAGAAUGGACAAGAUGUUGCGGCAUGUGUAUGGACAGAUCUUGUGAGUUGACUCAUUUAGUUUUUGUGUAUCAACAGAGGCGCCAACACCGAAGGUGAAACCGGGGUUGACCUUGGUAUUAUAAGAGAGGGCAGCGAUACCGCGGUCAUUGAUCUUGGCCUAGUUAAAAAUAUUAGUACAUGAUCCGU